AUGGCUUACACUCAACCAACAGACGGUGCCGGCGUCGAGAAGAACGGCAUCCCGCCGGGAAAACCAAUGUCAAUAGGGACACAUAUGUUGGACAAAGGAGCUAAGAUGCUGCAGUCGUUGAAACCCAUAAAGCAGAUGAGUCAACAUGCAUGCACUUUUGCUUUAUACAGCCACGACAUGUCUCGACAGAUCGAGACUCACCAUUACAUCACACGAAUCAACCAGGAUUUCCUCCAGUGUGCCGUUUAUGACACCGACGACACCUCCGGCAGACUCAUAGGGGUGGAAUACAUAGUCUCUGAUCGUAUUUUUGAUACUUUGCCACCUGAUGAACAGAAACUAUGGCACUCUCAUGCUUAUGAGAUACAAUCAGGGCUACUAGUGCACCCACGGAUCCCGGAAAUGGUCGCCAAACCGGAGCUCGAAAACAUGGCCAAAACCUAUGGAAAGUUUUGGUGCACUUGGCAAACCGACAGAGGUGAUAAGCUGCCGAUUGGGCCACCGUCGCUAAUGAUGUCACCACAGGAGGAGGAGAUUGCCAAGGUUAAGCCGGAGUUGGUGGAAAAGAGAGAUGAUAAGUACAACAUAUCGACUGCUGCUAUUCGGGGUUCGAGAACUGAUAUCAUGAGGCAAGCGAGGUUGAAUCCCAUGGCAGAUUACUGGAGAGAGCAUAAGAAGUGUUUUGCUAUUGAUGUCGAAAGUGCAGAGAUGAAGAAGUUGCCAACGGUUAAGUUUUAA